AUGUAUGUCAAGCAGAUUAUUAUUCAGGGCUUCAAGAGCUACAAGGACCAAACGGUCAUUGAGCCCUUCUCGCCCAAGCACAAUGUCAUCGUCGGCCGCAAUGGAUCAGGGAAGAGUAACUUCUUCGCGGCCAUUCGGUUUGUCCUCAGCGAUGCCUACACUCACCUAGGCAGAGAAGAGCGACAGGCUCUGUUACACGAAGGUUCGGGUUCCGCUGUCAUGUCGGCGUACGUUGAGAUCAUUUUUGAUAAUUCCGAUGAUCGAUUCCCGACCGGAAGGCCAGAAGUCGUUCUUCGCCGAACAAUUGGUCUGAAGAAAGAUGAAUACACCCUCGACCGGAAGAAUGCGACGAAAUCUGACGUGAUGAACCUUCUCGAGUCGGCCGGCUUUUCACGAUCGAACCCCUAUUAUAUCGUACCACAAGGUCGAGUUACAGCUCUGACCAACAUGAAGGAUUCCGAACGGUUGAACCUGUUGAAAGAAGUCGCCGGUACUCAAGUUUACGAGGCGCGUCGUGCGGAGUCUUUGAAGAUUAUGCACGAGACCAACAGCAAGCGGGAGAAAAUCGACGAGCUGUUGGAGUUCAUCAACGAACGACUCGCAGAACUCGAGGAGGAGAAGGACGAACUGAGGAACUUCCAAGAUAAGGAUAAGGAGCGGAGGUGCUUGGAAUACACAAUCUACUCCCGCGAACAGCAAGAAAUCUCGAGUUUCCUCGACAACCUCGAAGAGCUGCGACAAACUGGUGUUGAGGAUACGGACGUCAACCGUGACCGUUUCAUCCAAGGGGAGAAGGAAAUGGCACAGGUUGACGCAGAGAUUGCCGAGUGCAAACAGCAGAUCGAGUUCUUGAAAGUCGACAAAACACAGCUGGAAGAUGAGCGACGUGAGGCUUCCAAGGCGCUCGCUCAGGUAGAGUUACAAGCCAAGUCACUCUCGGAUAACCAGGCGGCUGCCCAAGCGCUGAAGUCGCGCCACGAUGAAGAUUUAAAGACUGUCCAAGCCGCCAUCCAGGAACGCCAGUCAGAGCUACAGGAACUGACGCCCCGUUUCAACGCAGCAAAGGACCAGGAGGAUGAUGCCAAGGCCAAACUUACUGAGGCUGAAACGAUCCGCCAAAGACUAUAUGCGAAGCAAGGCAGAAAUUCACGCUUCAAGAACAAGUCUGAGAGAGACAAGUGGCUUCAGGCAGAGAUUAAGAACAACUACACUUCUAUAUCUAGCGUGCAGUCAGUAUUGUCGCAGACACAGGAGGACAUCCAAGAGCUCGAGGGUGAAAUUGCGCUCCUUGAACCUGAACAGGAACGCCUACGCCAGCAGAUCGAUGGUAGGGGCGACACCAUUCAGUCCGUAGAGCAGCAGGUUCAAACUGCCAAAGACGAAAGAGACCGGUUGAUGGAUCAGCGAAAGGAGCUGUGGCGAGAAGAGGCGAAGCUAGACUCAAUUCUAUCAAAUGCAUCAAAUGAGGUUGAUCGCGCGGACCGCAAUCUUUCUCAUAUGAUGGACCAUAACACAAGCCGCGGUAUUGCUGCUGUGCGCAGGAUCAAGCGGCAGCACAACCUAGAAGGUGUCUAUGGGACGCUUGCCGAGCUCUUCGACGUGAAUGACCGAUACCGCACUGCUGUUGAAGUUACGGCCGGCCAGAGCUUGUUCCACUAUGUCGUUGAUACAGAUGAUACUGCUACUAAAGUUCUCGAAAUUCUCCAACAAGAAAAGGGGGGCCGAGUCACAUUUAUGCCUCUCAACCGGCUAAGAAGCAAACCACUUAAUAUGCCCAAGGCUAGCGACACAAUUCCGAUGAUCGAGAAGUUGCAGUAUGAUCGUGCAUACGACAAGGCUUUCCAACAUGUCUUUGGCAAAACAAUCAUUUGCCCCAAUCUUCAAGUUGCAGCACAGUAUGCCCGAAGCCAUGGUGUCAACGCAAUCACCCCCGAGGGAGAUCGUUCUGAUAAGCGGGGUGCUCUUACUGGUGGUUUCCAUGAUACGCGAUCGUCUCGCCUGGAUGCUGUGAAGAACCUCGGAAAAUGGAGGGACGAGUACGAGACAAAGAAGAACCGCGGAACUGAAAUUCGCAAAGAGCUUGAACAUUUAGAUCAACUCAUAACUAGAGCCGUGGGUGAGCUGCAAAAACUGGAACAACAAAGGCACCAGGUACAGAACAGCAGUGGGCCGCUGCGGCAAGAGCUGAGGAGCAAGCGUGAUCUCCUUCAGAAGCAGAACGACAACUUGGAUGCCAAGCGACGAGCUCUUCGCAACAUUGAGACCAAUCUUGCCUCCCUGAAAGACCAGGUUGAUGCGUUUGAGGGUGAACUCUCCUCGGCGUUCCAGAAGGCACUCAGCGAUGAAGAAGAAACACGGCUGGAAUCCUUGAACUCUGAGGUUCAAGAAUAUCGCCGACAGUAUCAGGAACUCUCCAGUCAACGCAGUGAGCUAGAGGGACGGAAGUCUGUCCUGGAGUCCGAGCUGCGGGAGAACUUGAACCCUCGCCUUGACCAGCUUGUUGGCCAGGACGCAGACCUGGCUGAUGAGGAUGGCACAGGGAACAUCAAAGAAACUCAGCGUGAGCAGAAGCGCCUCACAAAGGCCUUAGAUAAGCUUGGUGAAAGGCUUGCUCAGGUAGACGAGUCCAUCGAGCAAGCGAACAUACGCGUGGCGGAACUUAGCCAACGCAAUGCCGACUCCCGACGAGACCUCGAGGAGCUUGCCAAGUCGAUUGAGAAGCAUCAACGUCGCAUGGAGAAGAGUAUGCAAAAGAAGGCUGCCCUGACGAAACAGGCGGCUGAGUGUGCAGCCAACAUUCGUGAUCUUGGUGUCCUUCCAGAUGAAGCUUUCACCAAGUACAAGAACACAGAUUCCAACACGGUGGUUAAGAAGCUACAUAAAGCCAACGAAGCGUUGAAAAAAUACUCGCAUGUCAACAAGAAAGCUUUUGAGCAGUACAACAACUUCACGAAGCAGCGAGAGACACUGACAAGUCGACGAGAAGAGCUUCAAGCGUCUCAAAAAUCUAUUGAUGAUUUGAUCCAAGUGCUGGACCAGCGGAAGGAUGAGGCCAUAGAGAGAACCUUUAAGCAGGUGUCUCGUGAAUUUGCCAACAUUUUCGAGAAGCUCGUUCCUGCAGGCCGCGGGCGUUUGAUUAUCCAGCGCAAAACAGACCGUGCCCAGCGACAAGAUGACGAACUCGAGUCCGAUGAUGAAGAUGCGAAGCAAAGUGUAGAGAACUAUGUUGGUGUUGGCAUCAGCGUCAGCUUCAACAGCAAGCAUGACGACCAGCAACGUAUCCAGCAACUUAGUGGAGGACAGAAGAGUCUCUGCGCUCUUGCCUUGGUCUUUGCUAUCCAAGCCUGUGACCCUGCGCCAUUCUAUCUUUUCGACGAGAUCGACGCCAAUCUGGAUGCCCAAUACCGGACUGCUGUUGCAACGAUGCUCAAGGCCAUCUCUGACUCCACGAAUGGACAAUUUAUCUGCACAACCUUCCGUCCAGAGAUGUUGCAUGUGGCCGAAAAGUGCUACGGUGUGAGUUUCCGACAGAAGGCCAGUACUAUUGACGUCGUGUCGAGAGAGGAAGCGCUUAAGUUCGUUGAUGAACAGAAGCCAUAG